AACAUGGCGAACUUCGAUGUGCCUUCAUGGGCUGGUAAAGCUCCUGCUGGACUGCAUCUUGAUGUCAUGAAAGAUGGCAAGAUGAUAGAGGUGAAAAUGAUGGUUGAUGAGAAGAACUGUUAUUACUUUGGACGUAACUCCAUCGUGUGUAACUUCAUCCUUGAUCAUUCGUCAUGUUCCCGUGUUCAUGCUGCACUACUCUGGCACAAGAAUCUUAAUAGAUCAUUUAUUGUGGAUCUAGGAAGCACUCAUGGAACCUUCCUAGGUUCAAUCUGUCUUGAGAUCCAGAAGCCUCAGCAGAUCCCUGUAGACAGCGUGAUCAGGUUUGGUGCUUCAUCUCGCUCAUACAUCCUAAGAGAGAAACCACAGACCACUGUAUCUGUUACAGUCAAACCAUCUGAUAGUGAUGUCCUGGAUAAGAAUGAAGAUGACAUGUCGAGUGGUCUAUUAGGACUACCGGAGGAAGAGAAUGAUAACCUGACUGAAUUCAAUACUGUACAUAACAAGAGGAUAGGAGCUAUAGGCUUUGAUGAAGCCCAAGAAUCACAAAGGACCAAGAGGAAAAGAAGACACUCACAUGUCUCUUUCGGAGAAGAAGAUGAAGUUAUUAAUCCAGAGGAUGUAGACCCAUCGAUUGGCAGAUUUAGGAAUCUUGUAUCUGUAUCAGUGAUCCCGAUGAAGAAGAAAAAGAUGGAGGAUUCAUCCGGUCUUGUUGGUGAUCCGUCAGUGAAAACAAUGCAAGGAUUUAACUAUGGUCCCAAUCUUUAUGAUAACUUACCUUUGUCAAGUGGUGAUCCUAACUCAGAGACACCUUUAUCACCAUCAUCUAUGACUCCGUUUGGAUCAAGUAGUACCCUAGGACUGUUCAAACCUCUCAAUCUGGCUCCAGACGUAGAGCAAGCACCUCCCAUGCCAACCAUAAACAUUGCACCUACACCUGUACCUGUGGCUAGCAUUGGACCAGUAGGACCCAAGAAGAAGAAGUACGCCAAGGAGGCAUGGCCGGGAAAGAAACAAGCGCCCUCGCUCUUGUUAUAGUGAGAAGAUCGCCAUGGCAACAGACUGAUUUGUAAAUGGAAUUCAUCAUUUCUUGGCGGGACACACUCUUGUCAUUUGUUUCAUUCAGAAUUGUUCUUGUUGAUGCUGCAGUAAGGAGUGUACAUUGCGCAUGUGAAGGUUUUGUAAAAUGUGUAUUAUUUGUAUGCCAUAGGAGGUAUUAUUAGAAAUGGUUCAAUCAAUUUCAAAAUAGCAAUUUUGAUUUUCAAAUGGUGUAAGAGUAACCAGAUACUUGUAGCUAGUCUUUCUCUGGGACAUCUUUCAAACUACAUGUAAGUCGGUCAGGAAAAAUAGGAAAAACACUAAGCACAUUAAUCAAUCUCACUGGAGCUAAAUAUUGAUAUAUUGCUGUUCUUUGUGAUACGUUUGCAUACUUUUACUACUGUAUGAUUUAGUCUGUAUACAAACACAAGGUUUAACCCUUUAAGGGGCAGUGGAGGGGGCAGGAUCAGCCCGCUUUCCCAUUUUCUAGUUAUCACGAUAUCUCAAUAACAACUUGAGGUAUGAACUUCAAAUUGGUGAUAGUGUGUAUCAACUUAAGAAGACAAUCUGAUAAGAUUUUGGGGUAAGCAGGUGAAAGGUCAUAGAGGUCAAUAUCCACAAAAUGUCAUUUUUUGCCGUGUUUUCGCAAUGUCUCAGGUGCGAGUUGAGCCAUGAACAUGGUACUAGUGUACAUCACCAUAGUGAGACAAAAUGAUUAGAUAAUUGGGUAAAAGAAGGUCAGAUGUCAAAGGUCAGCAAGUCAUGAAAUUAAAGAUUGUUUUACCUUGUUAUGACCAAAUCAAUGACUAUUCUAAGCUAUUUUAGUUGUGAACUUAAAACCUGUAACUAGUAUGGAUCACUUUAGAGGGACAAGUGAUCAGAUUUGUUGAUUGUCAGGUCAAAGAUCAUGAAGGCCAAUCAGCAUAAUAUAUUAGUAUAGGCUUUUUGCUCUCAUCGUGAUAUUCCAAGAAUAAUUCAAGCCAGGAUCUUGCAUUUGUCUUGUUUUUAGUAAGUUUUGGGACAAUCCAUCAGAUGUAAUGUAAUGCUUAAAAUAAUCUUUAAAAAAUCUUUAAAUUUAACGAACUCUUUCUUUUUUAUGAUACCAGAAAUCUAUCUAGUACUUGAAUCACAAAUUGACUCGGCAAAAAGCCUUAAUUAUCUUUCCUACUUUCCAAGACACCCUUUGCAACCAUUUUUGACUGAAUAAGAUUAUGAGGAAUGGCAGAUGUGAACAAUUUGUAUUGUGCUUUGAAUUCAUGUUAGCAACUGUCCUUAUGUAUGUGUCAUCAAAACAUACCUGAAUAGUUACUUCUUAGGCGGUAUCGAUUUGGAAUUAUUUUACAGUUAUCUUUAUUAGCAGUGGUACAAAAUAAAUUUUGUGUGGCACAUACAGAAUACAGAGAUUUUACAAUCCUACAAAGUGAAAGGCAUACUGAUGCUCACUGUGUGAAGGGGGUUAUAAUGCAGGAAUAUCAGAUUGAAGGCUAUUGCCUAAUUUCAAGUUCGGUUUCCUCUCUGUUUUAGGCUUUAUAUUGCCCAGAAUAUUGGAGCUCUAACCUGUCUCAGGCUAUUUUCAGGCUUAUUGAAUUAAACCAAGGAUAUCCCUGCCCAACCAAUGCUACAUUCAGCUACACAAUGCGUAAAAUUUGUCAUUAGAGUUAGUAGUUUGUCUCAUAUUCUACAACCUUUACUUGUGUUUAGUGUUGGAAUCUAUAGUGUAGUAUUUGGGGCUUGUUAUGUACAUGUAUUUUAAACUCUGUAAUAUUUGCUUUUGCCACAACAGGUUUGUAAAAAAAAUAAUAAUAAUAAAGAUGUUACAAAGUGCAA